AGAAGGAAAGAAAACCUCCUGUCCUUUAGAAAGAUUGGAUUUACAAUGCGCCAAAAUCUCCGUCCUAGUCAAUUUUCCAGUGCAAGUUCACAGCAGGAGGAGGAUCUGUCUGGCAGGUACAGAGUUAAAGGCAUCAUCGUAGCCAUUAGAGGGAAAAGUUGAAGCAAUGCAAGCACAGCGGAGUCCUCCAGCCCUCCCCUUUUGCCCACUCCCCACUUCUCAGGCUGGUUCAGUGUUUAGGGAGAGCAGUGAUCACGCAGUCCUGAACAGCAGGCUGACAUUGGACGAGCUGCCAGGUAUCUGAAAACAGGCAAUGAAGAGAGCAGAGAUCCACUUUUCACCGUUUCUCCUCUGGAUCUAGACUUAUAGCUUCAAGCUCCAGCCAGCUCAUUUUAUCUUCCGUGCAUCUCAGUCCCCCUUCCCCAAAGACAAUCCACCCGCUGAGUAGGAGAGAAUGCUUUCAGUGUCGCAUCCAGGGAGACAUCGCAGAGCAGUUUUAUAGAUUUGCACGGAUUUCUUCUAGGGCAUUUGGUGUCAGUUACCCUGAUGUGACUUUUCUUUUCGGCUUUGGAAUAAUGGGGAUCUUUUUGGCUUAUGUUGGAUUCAUUUUCUUUUCUGUUUUAUAUAUACAACAAGGACUUUCUUCUCAAGCAAAAUUUACUGAGUUUCCCCGAAAUGUUACAGCAACUGAGGGUCAGAAUGUGGAAAUGUCAUGUGCUUUCCAAAGUGGUUCUGCCUCAGUUUACCUGGAGAUCCAGUGGUGGUUUUUGCGGGCAGCUGAAGACCAGGAGACUGGAGGAGAGGUGACAGGCACUCAGGUGGAGCUCUUACCAGAAAGAGAUUUAGACAACGAUGGAACAAAAAUCAGUACAGUAAAAGUACAAGGGAAUGACAUCUCUCACAAGCUUCAGAUUUCUAAAGUAAGGAAAAAGGAUGAAGGCUUAUAUGAGUGCCGGGUGACAGAUGCCAACUAUGGAGAUCUUCAAGAAUACAAGGCCCAAGCCUACCUUAAAGUCAACGCAAACAGCCACUCUCGGAGAAUGCAGGCAUUUGAAGCAUCUCCCAUGUGGUUACAAGACAUGAAACCUCGAAAGAAUAUCUCUUCAGUCGUUCCCAGUAGCAUCCAUAAUUCUGCUAAUCAGCGAAUGCGUUCCACCUCCAGCCCUCAAGCUGCAGCCAAAAUCCCCAAACAAAGUCCACAAUCAGCAAAGAGCAAAUCGCCUGUAAAAUCUUCGGAGCGGACAGCAAAGUUGACCCUAAACUCCAACCACCACUCUGCACCCAAUGUACUCUAAUUCUCUACACAAGGAGCACCUUCUUCAGGAAGUUAAAAAAAAAUUAAAACAAAAUAAAAACAAAAAAAAAAAGAAAAAAGUUAAAAAAAAGAAGAUUGCCCACAUUUUAUUAAUACUAUUUUCUUUGGCAGACCACUGAGCUUUUAGUUCAAAAGGACUGGCUUGAAGUGAUAGGACAUUUUGUAACAGCAAGACUUGUUUUCCUUUUCUUUCGACGAGUAGAAGCACUGUAUGAUUGACUGCUCAGGGUUUGGCCUGUAAAUCAUCAGAAUAUAAGUGUUCGCUGUGGAUAUCCUUGAUUUCCACUAGGUCACAGCGUUUCUCCACUGGAGACAAACAGAGACCAAAAACAAAUAAAUGAAUAACAUACUACAGCAUAUCCUCAAACAAAAAAAUCUGCCUUUUGGGGGAGGAACAAAAAUAAACAUGGCAAGCCAAUGUAUAGAACAUUAACUUGAAGCAAGAAAAAAAAAACACACACACGGACAAGAAUGAAGUGGUACUUUUUCUACUUUUUAAAUUUUUUUUCCUUUACUUGUGUUGGGGCUCUUUUUCAUUUCUUUUUUUUUUUUUCUUUUUCUUUUCUUUUUCUUUUUUUGUUCCUAUUUCUUGUUCAAUGGUGGCAAGUACUGACUAAGGCCCAUCCCCAGGUAACUGUGUGGAGGUUUCUAUAAAUACAUUUUUUUGAGUGUUCUCUAUUUCAUUGUAUUUUAUCUAAUUUUGCAAUUACUGUAUAUGCAAAGCUGACAUAAGUUCUGUAAAUUGCUUACAGUACAUGUGAUAUAACUUCAAAGUAGGAAUAAUAUGAUCCUCAUGCAAGCAAUUUUUAAUACAAUAUAUAUCUAUAUCUAUAUGUUGUGCCACCAACAAACAUCUUUAUUUUGUUUUCUAAUGAAGCAUACUAUUUUAAUUUGUAAUUCAGUAUUGUGUGAAUUUUGUAAUACAUUAAUUCACUUCCACUGAUUUGACACUUUCAGAUGUCUGCUAAUUUCUGUAAAAUGCACAUUAAAAUUUGUAAUGGUCUCUGAAAAAUUAACUAUUUCAGUUGUGUGUAUAAUGUGUUUGAAUUUAAUAUGUGCCCUUUAUAUUUAUGUUGGUUUGGGAGUUUGAGGAACUUUUUCCCAGAAGAAUGUAAAUUGUUUUUGCUUUUUGCUUUUUUUUUUUUUUUUUUUUUUUGCUACACAAUUAUACAUAGAAAAGGAGGGAAGGAAAUGAAAUGUUUCCUUCAAGAAGAUUUGUUUGUAAUAUGAACAUAUGAAAGGAGAAUUGAUCACAUUGAUUUCUAUAGUUCACUGAAAACUUUACCUUCUAUGACUGAAAGCAUUAGUUCUUAUUUCAUACACUAAAUUUGUUUAUCUCUAAAUUAAAAAAUAAAAUUUGAUCAUUGUAUGGAAAUUAUAUGCACAAUAUUAAUCAAAAUAACUGAUGAAAGGUAGAGAAUCCACCUUUCUUUGGUGAAUUGAAAAUGUUUAAAUAUCCUAUUUAUUAUUUUUUUUUGUUUUGUUUUUUCUUCAGUAUCUAGUUUCUCUCCUGAAAAAGAAAGAUAGGUAUGACUGUAAUUGUGUAUAUGUAAGCUCUACAAUGUGCCAGAAAAAAAGAGAUAUGAAAGAUUGGAGAUUUCCUUACACAUUGGCCCCUCAAUUUUUCUUUCCUUGUGAAGAGGGAAAAUCAUCUAUUAAUGACCACUUCCUGCUUUUGUCUGAGGGCCUGAACUGAAAUUUUUAAAUUGCUGUAUUUCACAGUUUACAGGUAAUGCACUGACUGGUUCUGUGACUGGAUACUGAACAAUGCAACAUGGUUCAAUGCUUUCAAUGUGUUUGUCUGAGAAAUUAUGUCUUGUGCUAUGCAUUUCUUCUCUAUUCACUUCUUGAUCUGUUUGGUUCUCUGAUCUUAAAGAGUCUAAAAAGAAAAGCUAAAGAAACAUUUUAUUUACACUAGUACAGAAAAGAGUAAUGGUAUUUUUAGGAAGCUUUCUUUAUCAGAAAUAUAUUUUCCUUUAAAAUUAUGUUUACAAAAAUCAUGGAAAGGUGAGAAGUAAAUGUGUUAUUAACCAAAACAAAAAAGGACCAAAGCUUCUGCUGAAUGCUCACCUGAACCUCCCUCUGAAAUUAAUGAAUAAACCCAGCAAUGUAGAAUUGGAUUUAGCCACUCAACAUUAAUGAAUGAGGGACAGAGGUGGAAAUUACUCCCACCUGACAAUUGAAGGUCAUUUGGAAGUUCAAGUCCUGAAAUUAAUCAAGACUUAAGAAAGACCAUAGUCAUAAUUUUCCUAACUGCUGUUACUUUUUUUUUUUCAAUGUGAAGGGAUACUAUCUAGUCAGGAAGGACUUAGUAAUAGAAAUAACUCUGUCCUUGCCCAAAUCUAGUGAAAUCAGCUCUUCCACUGACUUACUGAGGGUCCCUUUUCCUGACAGAUCAUUUGCACAUCAUAUAGUGGCCCCAAACUUUAAAAGUCAAUUACGUAUGUUAAACAUUGUAAUAGAAACUAGAAUUUGUUAAGGAGGCCUUCAAAUAUUUAUGCCUCACAUUGUGUCCUUCUGGGGCUAUGACUUUGUAUGUAACCAUGAUUAUGGCAAUACAAAUAAAGGUUGGAAAAACAUUGCUAUCUGAAUUUCUCAACAUUGGUUUUGAAGGUUAUGUGUUGACUUCAAUAAAAGGGAAUGAUGAAAACUUCAAAAGA